GUUGAGAGCGCCUGGUGAGGGCAGGAGAGAAAACACAGCGCGGGGUUAACAUGAGCUGCGGGAACUCUGCGCACCUGACAGCGCUGGAAGUUUCUUUUCUCCAGGAGCGCAGGAGGUGAUGCGCCCUGCUGGACUCGAGUCGGGUCUGUUACCAGAGAGGAUGGCAGAGUUGGGGAACCAAAGCACCACGUCCUCAUGGAACCGGUCCGCUGGAGGACAGGACCGGUUCAGCAGCCUGGAUGACAUCGACGUGCCGGCGGACGGCUCCCCGGCCCUGCGCAUCGUCAUCUCCAUCGUGUACUCGGUGGUGUGCGCCGCCGGACUGGUCGGGAACCUGCUGGUGUUCUUCCUGAUGAAAGGGCGGCGGGGCAGGAAGAAACGCUCCAGCAUCAACCUGUUCAUCCUCAACUUGGCCGUGACGGACUUCCAGUUCGUGCUGACUCUGCCGUUCUGGGCGGUGGACACGGCUCUGGACUUCAGCUGGCCGUUUGGAAACGCGAUGUGCAAGAUCAUCCUCUCCGUGACGGUGAUGAACAUGUACGCCAGCGUGUUUUUCCUCACUGCCAUGAGCGUCACCCGGUACUGGUCGGUGGCCUCGGCGCUGAAGGACCGGACCCGGAGGCGGGUGUGCCCGGUGCGUUGGGUGAUCGCCGGUCUCUGGGUCUCCGCCACGGUGGCCUCUUUGCCCACCGCUAUUUUCUCCACGGUGAAGAGCGUGGCCGGGGAGAGGCUGUGUCUGCUGGGCUUCCCGGACGGCCAGUCGUGGCUGGCGCUGUACCACCUCCAGAAGAUCUUGGUAGCCUUCGUUUUCCCCAUGCUGAUUGUCACCGUGUGCUACCUGAUGCUGCUGCGCUUCGUCCGCCUGCGCAGCAUGAACAACAACCAGGUGAAGCGGAGGUCCAGAGUGACCCGCUCGGUGACCAUCGUCGUCCUCUCCUUCUUCAUCUGCUGGAUGCCCAGCCACGCCAUCACCUUCUGGGGCGUCCUGGUGAAAUUCAACGUGGUCAACUGGGAUAAGACGUACUACAUGGUGCACACGUACGUCCACCCGGUGACCGUGUGCCUGGCGCACACCAACAGCUGCCUGAACCCGGUGCUGUACUGCCUCAUGCGCCGGGAGUUCAGGAAGAAGAUGAAGGAUCUGUUCUGGAGGAUUUCCUCGCCCACUGGGACGAACACCUGCCCCCUGAGACCGUUCUCUGGGACGGUGAGAGCGGAGCCCGACGACACGCAGGUUGUCAUCCCGCUGAACAACGUGGAGACGGAGAACUGCAGACUGUCUGUUUUAACGGACCAGUUCGACACCGAACCGCUGCAGAGAGAAACCCUGACUGUCCUCCUGAAUCCUGGCGAAUUGUCUCAGCUUUCCUCACAGCGACAUUGUUCUUUGUACUGUACGUGUUGCUGGAGUUUUGACAGCUUGUCUGUUAUUUUUAACAAAACACUGCACACAAGAUCAUAUUUGGCCUCAGUAUUUCGGAGAACGCCGUGCAAGCUGUGCCAAAUCCAUCUCUCGUAUAAAACGAAGGACCGGACAACUAAUCACUGCUAUACCUGGCGCAUGAGAUGUUUCUGACUUUGCAUCAAAUGGAUUUGAUUAGAUUUUAUCGCAAUUUAAAUGUGUGAGACACAAAAGGAGAGAAAUUACAUUCACGCGUAAAUUGCGCACCAGGACGCGCGGUGCGUAAAAACCAACCAUCUGCGCUUUGACUGCUCCGAGUCCGACUGGGAUCUCACAUAACAGUUAUGCUGAUGUUGUUUUUUUGAUUUUGAAAAGCUUACUCUUUGUUUUUUCCUCUACUAUAAAUGAAGUGAAGGCUCAGUGUCUCAUCCAGUGCUGCCUCGCCCUCUAAAGUGCUCUCUGUGUAGAAUUUAUGUUCCAAGCAGAGGAAUCCGGUCACAGUCCGGUCACUGUGCUGCAGGGAGGAUCCGGCCCCGAUCAGACAGAGCGCGAGUGCCCUUUUUGUUGAAGUAUAGAAUUGGAAAAAGGAGCAGCUUGCUGAGUUUACAUGAAGUAAACACACAAAUCGGAUCUGAUCUGAGUUGAAAACGAAGCUCUGUCUGAUCGGCUGCGCAGCAUCACUCUGUGGAGUAUUAUUAGUGUUUGUUGUGGCUGAUUUGUAAAAUGUACAAGCUUGAUUAAGUGAAUGUAAAACAAAUACCUGCCAAUACAACCUUAAAAACA